AUGGUGAACUACUACAAAGUACUAGGGGUACCUCAGAAUGCUUCCGCCUCCGAUAUCAAGAAGGCUUAUCACCAGUUGGCUCUACAGGUACAUCCAGACAAGAACCCAGAGAACAAGGAGGCAGCCGAGGAGAAAUUCAAACAAAUAGCAGAGGCCUAUGAGGUCUUGUCUGAUGCCAGGAAGCGCAACAGCUAUGACAUGUCCAGAGGGAACCACACCAAGAGGGUAUAUAGAGGAGAUGGCAGAGACAGAAGCCAUCUGGAAGAAGACCUGUGCUUUGAGAGGCCACACCGUGUCUUUCAGAAUGUUGUUGAGGAUGAGAACCUCCUCCCAGGACACAGUCUUCCCACUGGCCAAGCGAGUAGGCCUGGGAGAUUCCACUACACCAUAUUUGAUGUGACCCCCAUACUGGACACAGGAUUCUCCACUUUUGUAUCCCUGGCCCCCAGAUCAAGUCUCCCUACCUCUGAGAUAUUUGUACCCUUUGUAAGCAUCGGAAUGGGAAACUUCAGACUGGUCACCACUUGCAGCCAGAUAGUGAACGGUGAAAGAGUUGUUACAAAGAGAGUGCUGAAAAAUGUGAGGGGGACGACUGAAGUGGAGCGAGAACGAGAAUUUCAUCCCAUUCAUCCACCCCGUUGGUAA